GUUGGUUUGUUUUUGACAGAAGGACAUGACCCUGAAGCCUCACGAGCGGAGACAGAACCAGACAGGACCGCUGCGCAAGAAGAAGCCCGGCCGCGUGCCGAACGGGCUGAGCUUGGACCUCAACCACAACAACCACCAGCACCACCACUCUGAUCAGGAGAACAACCCUCGCCUGGCCCAUACGCACAGCAAGAAGAAGAAGAAACACCUGCAGAAGAAACACCGACCUCUGAAGCCGGGUCAGAACAACUGUAAAGACAGCGAUAGCGAGAGCGUGAGUGGGGAAUCCAAACCCUCCAUCCGGAGCAGCUCCAGAGAUAGACCGACAGACAGGAGCGCGGAGGCUGUCUUCACCCUCAGGCCUGCAGGCUCUGUUAUGUGUUUGUGCUCGGCUGGUGAUAAGAACAUCCUAUUUACUCAGCUGGCAGCUUCAGUGGAGACUCAGGCUGAAGCACAACUGUGCUUAUACACCGUAGAAGUGGAGACGACAGGAAGCUCGUGUGGAAGUUCAGUCAGUCUGACGCAGGCCCUCUUCAGACCUCAAGCUUUGGCUCCUGCAGUGCAGAUGUGA